AUGUCCAGAGGUCUAAUAUACGCAAAAGCAUUGGCUGCAGGUGGUUUGAUUGUUGGUUUCGGGUACAUGCUGAUGAGGUUGAGCACCCCUACCGAAGAAGAGUAUUACGCUGCACGUAUUAAUUCUAAAUUGUCGCCAGAACAUAAAAAGCGGAUCAGUGACAAAACAAAGAUACGAGAACACAACGCCGCAAUACUGGGAAUGAUGAAAAAAGUUGCCGAAUCCGACAAACCAAGUGCGUAA